UCGUUACAAGUUCCGAAGGGAGCUAGCUCGUAUUAAAUUUUGGUCCAAAUUUUCAAAAAUAAAACGUCUUAUUAAUUUUACUUGUUUGUUUAUAUAAUAGAAAAAUAAAAAAAAAUAUAUAUAUAUAUUAUAUUUUUACUAAAACAGUUGGUGAAGAUUUUUUUUUUUUUUUUUUAAAUCUACAAAACAGAAAUUUUUUGUUUUUACGAAAACAAUUAAGGAUUCUGGAGAAACAGUGAUUUGAAUGGACCCCUCUUUAUGGACGAAUAGGCGUUAUCGUUAUUUUACAUUAUAACGCCUACCUGUUUUAUUUUUCCCAUUUCUUUAUUUUGCAACAAAAAUUUUAAAAAAUGUUGGAACAAGUGAAUUUGGACAUUUUGGAAAGUGAAAUUGAAGAUCCAGAAAAGGAGCGUGCACUACGAGCUCAAAUUCAUAAGAAGAGCGAUGGAACUGAUUAUAUUUUAAAUCAAAAUCGAUAUCGCAGUCCCGUUUAUGAAGAGGCUUUUAGAAGAUCAUUAGAAAAUCCUGAAGAAUUUUGGGCCGAGGUUGGAAAAUGUAUAGACUGGAGUAAACCGUGGGAUAAAGUUUUAGAUAAUAGCAACGAACCAUUUACAAAGUGGUAUGUGGGAGGUGAAACGAAUGCCUGUUAUAAUGCAUUGGAUCGUCACGUAAAAGCCGGACUAGGUGGAAAAACUGCUUUAAUUCAUGACAGUCCUUUAACGUCGUCAAUUCGAAAAGUCACUUACAAUGAACUUCUUGAAAAAACGUCCCUUUUGGCCGGUGCCCUUUCCGAAAUAGGAGUAAAAAAAGGCGAUUGCGUUCUCAUUUAUAUGCCACUUAUUCCCGAAACAGUUAUUGCUAUUCUAGCAACAGCAAGAAUUGGUGCUAUUCAUUCAGUUGUUUUUGGCGGUUUUGCUGCUAAAGAAUUGGCAACUAGAAUAGAUCAUGCCACGCCAAAAGUUAUAAUUGCUGCCAGUUGUGGUUUAGAGCCAACAAAAAUUAUCAAGUACACUGACAUGUUGAAUGAGGCAUUGGAUAUUAUUGUUACGCCAAAACCACAAUGCAUUGUCUAUCAAAGGAGACACGUUUGGGAAGCUCCACUUUUUGAAAAUCAAUUUGAUUGGGAUGAAUUAUUGAGAAGAGCGAAACCACAUCCUUGUGUACCAGUUGAAGCCAAUCAACCUUUAUACAUUCUCUACACCUCGGGAACAACAGAUCAACCGAAAGGGAUUCAGAGACCAAUAGGAGGUCACAUAGCGACCCUUUGUUGGUCAAUGAAAACAGUUUAUGGAAUGGAUAAAGACUCAACGUGGUGGGCUGCUUCAGAUAUGGGAUGGGUUGUAGGUCAUUCUUACAUAUGUUAUGGUCCACUAAUAAGUGGUGUAACUAGUGUCAUGUAUGAAGGAAAACCCGAUAGGACACCUGAUGCUGGUCAAUAUUUCAGAAUCAUUGAUCAACAUAAAGUAAAUGCCCUAUUCACUGUUCCAACUGCUUUGCGAAUUAUUCGACGUGCCGAUCCAGAGAUAUUAUUGGGUAAACGAUAUUCAACAAAGUCGCUAAAAGCAAUUUUUGUUGCUGGUGAACAUUGUGAUUAUGAAACAAAAGCGUGGGCGGAAAAAACUUUUAAAGUACCAAUUCUUAAUCAUUGGUGGCAAACGGAAACUGGUCACGCUGUUACUUGCACUUGUUUAGGAUUGGGUCAAACCACAAAUCCUCCAAAGUACAGUACUGGAACGCCAAUUCCUGGUUAUAAUGUUCAAGUUUUACGAGACGAUGGAAGUAGAGCAGGAGCCCACGAACUUGGAAGAAUUGUCAUAAAACUACCUUUACCACCAGGAGUUAUGUCAACUCUUCAUCUAGCACCCGAGAGGUUCAAAGAAGUUUAUUUCUCAAAAUAUCCAGGUUAUUACGAUACCAUGGACGCUGGUUAUAUUGAUGAAUUUGGAUACGUUUACGUAACAGCAAGAGAUGACGAUAUCAUUAAUGUGGCUGGACAUCGAUUAUCUACAUCCUCAUUGGAAGAUGUUAUCCUUCGUCAUCCUAAUGUUGUCGAGGCGGCAGUAGUCGGCGUCCCGGAACAUAUGAAAGGAGAAAUUCCCUUGUGUUUAUAUGUUAUGAGAGAUGAUUCUCAGAAAAAUGAAGAAGAAAUUAAUCAAGAAUUAGUUGCAUCCGUUAGACGUCUCAUAGGACCAAUUGCCGCAUUUAAAGUUGCUGCCGCUGUAAAAGCUUUACCCAGUACACGAUCCGGAAAAAUUUGCCGAAAAUCAAUUGCCAAUUUAGCACGUUCGAAAAUUGUAAAGAUUCCAAGCACAAUUGAGGAUCCAACAGUUUACAGAGAGAUAAAACAAGUUUUGCAAAAACUAGGCUACGCUAAACAAGCACCUGAUCCUCAAUAAUUUUAAAUUAUUAUUUUAAUUCAUCAUAGUUUGUUUUUUUUUUUAUAUACGAAAAACGAAAUUACUAAAGAAAUUUUAUGCUUUAAUGACAGAGUUCUGAAAUACGAAUAUGAUUUAAUUGAAAUUCGAUAAAUAUCAUGGUAUUUAAAUUAAUUGAUGUAAUUGCAAAAUUGAAUCAUUUUUUAAAAUCAAACAAACAAUUGUUUUAACAAUAAUUUACAGUUUUAAAGAAAAUUUGGUGAUAGGGAAAAAUUCAAAAUUUUAUAUAGUUAAUAAGAAAAUUCAGUAGAGCUGAAAAUAAUAAUGUUAAAUAAUAAAGAAUAAUAAUAUAAAUAA